AUGGGUCUCAUUCGCUACAACAGCCCAAUGUUCCAAGUGUUCAUCGUGGGUAUGAUUUGUUUCUGUUGUCCUGGCAUGUACAACGCUCUUAGUGGUAUUGGUGGUGCUGGCCAAUCCUCCACUGAAGCUGCCACUAACAGUGGUACUGCCUUGGCUGUCACUUUCACUCUCUGCUCUCUGAUCGGUGCCCCUGUCUAUAAUAUCUUUGGUCAUCGUAUUCUUAUUCCUGCUGCUCUCGCCUAUGUUCUCUAUGUCGGUUCUUUCCUUUCAAAAAGCGAUGCUUUCACUAUUGCUGCUGGUGCCAUUCUCGGUAUCGGUGCUGGUUUCUUAUGGACAGCUCAAGCUGGUAUUAUGAUGUCUUACCCCUCUGAAAAGGACAAGGGUAAGGCUUUCUCUCUUUUCUGGAUGAUUUUCAACUUGGGUGCUACCUUGGGUGCUGCUAUUCCCUUGGGCAAUGAAUGGAACUCUGGUGAAAAGACUGAAGUCAAGACUUCUACUUAUAUUGCUUUCAUGGUCAUUAUGGCUUUCGGUGCCAUGUUGACUCUUGCCCUUCUCCCUGCUAGCAAAGUUGUUCGUUCUGACGGUGCUCAAGUCUCUCUCCACAAGCUUUCCAACUGGAAGCGUGAAGCUAUUGAAGUUUUGAAGCUCUUCAAGGACUGGCGUAUGCUUAUUUUGAUUCCUCUCUUUGCUGGUUCCAACUGGUUCUACAUCUACCAAUUCCAAGUGUAUAAUGGUCCUGGCUUCAUGCAUAUUCGUGCCCGUGCUCUCAACAACUUGCUCUACUGGUUGUUCCAAAUUAUCGGUGCUGGUAUCUUUGGUUGGUUCCUUGAUGCCGCCAAGAUUGGUUCUCGUAAGCAGCGUGCCAUGUACGGUAACACUAUCACUUUGGUUAUCAUUGCUGGUCUUUGGAUUGGUGCUGUUGUUAUUCAAAAGGGAUUCACUCGUGAAGCUAUUGCCCCAGGAGGCGAUUGGGUCCAAAUUGAUGUCUAUGACAAGCAAUAUGGUGGUUUGGUUGUUGAAUAUGCCCUCUUUGGUCUCAUUGAUGCUGUCUAUCAAGGCUUCAUUUACUGGCUGAUGGGUACCAUGACCAACGAUACUGAACGUGCUGCUCGUUAUGGUGGUUUCUACAAGACCAUCCAAAAUGCUGCCAAUGCUGUUGCUAAUCAACUUGAAGCUCAACAUGUCCCCUACAUGACUCAACUCAUUAUUGUCUUUGUCAUCAACGUUGUUGGUCUUGUUCUCGCCUAUGUUGUCUCCUGGACUGUACCCGACGUUACCGUUGAAACUGUCGACAAUCUUACUGACGGUCAUGCCGUUGGUACCAUGGUUGGUGGUCAAAUCGAGAACCUCGAGAACGUCAAUGAGCACAAGGAAGGUGGCUCCAUCAACGAGAGAUUGUCUGAGAAGGCCGAAGCCUAA